UAGUACUCGUAUAAUAAUGUUGCUCGUGUGUGCAAUCAACCUGUUAACAGUGGUACGGGCCGCAAGGAUUCUGGGAAUUGUCGCGCUUCCAUCUUACAGUCAUCAAGUGGUAUUUCAGCCACUAUGGCGAGAGCUAUCGAUUCGUGGGCAUCAGGUGACAACGCUUACGACGGAUCCAAUCAAUGAUCCCAAGCUUACAAACCUGACCGAAAUCGAUUUGCACUUCGCCUACGAGACUUGGAAUAAGGAUAUUAUGGUAACCGCGUUAAAAUUUCAAGGAAACUCGAUUGGACUCAUUAAUAAUUUAAUGAAACAAGCAUUUGAUGUUAUUGACGAAGAAUUGCGCCACCCGAAGGUUCAAGCACUGAUACACGGCGACGAUGAGUUUGAUCUUGUAAUAAUCGAGGUGAUCGCGUUGCCUUUCCUCCCCUUUGCUGCAAAGUUCAAAUGUCCAGUGAUUAACAUAAUAUCCUUGGAUAUGUCAUCUCGUUUACAUCAAUUAAUGGGAAAUCCGACGCAUCCCAUAUUAUAUCCGGAUGUGUACUAUCCUUAUGACGAACACUUGACGUUCCGACAAAGGUUGACUAGCGUCAUAAUCACUUGCUUGAUGAACGUGAACGGAAUCCACGCUUAUUUGGCAGCAAACAGCAUGGCGCAAAAGUACUUCGGACCAAAUUACCCGUCUCUGGUCGAUAUCAUAUAUAACGUCAGCAUGAUUUUUGUGAAUACUGACCCGAUCCUCCACAGAGUCAGGCCUUUCGUUCCAACUGUCGUUCAGAUUGGCGGAGGAUCACACUUAAAGCCAGCACGGCUAUUGCCCACCGAUCUGCAAGAACUCCUAGAUAACGCCGAAUCCGGUUUCAUUUACUUUAGUUUGGGUUCGAAUGUCAAAAGCAAGGACAUACCAAUCGAUCUAAGAGAAACAAUACUUGAAACGUUCGCCGAACUACCUUACAUGGUCUUGUGGAAAUUCGAAGCGGAGAACCUACCGAAUAGACCGAAAAACGUGUUCAUAUCAAAAUGGCUACCUCAACAGGAUGUUUUACGUAAGAAACUCGACGACGACCGAAUCAGUGCAUUUUUUGUUGCAGGGCACCGCAACAUAAAACUCUUUGUAACGCAGGGAGGUUUGCAGUCAAUGGAAGAAGCAGUUUAUAGUGGCGUUCCAAUGGUUGUCAUGCCGUUCUUCGCCGACCAAGGUUAUAAUGCUAAGGCGAUCGUAUACAAGGGGAUGGGAUUGUCGGUGGACUACGCGAACUUGAAGAAGGAGGAAUUUCGGGACAAAGUCCUUGAAGUAAUUCGCGAACCGAGGUACCGGAAUAGAGUGAAGGAGUUGGCCCGAUUAGCCUUAGACCAGCCUAUGACGGGAAUGGAGCGUGCCGUAUGGUGGACCGAAUACGUUAUACGCCACAAGGGUGCUGAACACCUGAACAGUCCGAUAAAAGAUUUCCCGUGGUAUAAAUACUUAUUGUUAGAUGUGCUAGUGGUUUUGGUAGCGAGUCUUAUGGUUGUGGUCGGUGGCGUGUACUGUGCACUACGUACUGUUUGGAUAUAUUUUAGGCGGAAUCGAAAGGACAAAGAAAAGAAAACGAAAUAAUGAGAGUUAGCGAUCUAUAUAAUUUAAAACGCACUCGAUUGCCGUUGUUUCUUUAGCAAAAGAUUCAGUAUGACCAACAGUGACCAUGCGAUUAGACAAUAUGAGACAAUUAGUUUUUUUCUAAUUUAUUACACUUACUCGAGCCUAUCCUGACAUUACUCUAUGUCGGAUUUGUAUUACCUUUAAACUUUUAUUUAUGGCUAUUUUGGAUAGAGACUAUUAAAGCAUAAAUGUUUCUCCACUACAAAGCAUCCUCGUAACUUUCAAUAGAUGGCUCCAUCUGUUGUUGGAAGUUAACAACGCAAUUUUACCGCGUAGUGGUUGUAGAUUGUCCACUUUCAUUUUCCUCUUUCUGUCGAGAACCGUAUCCAGAUACACUUCAUUAAAUAAAACAACUGACAAUGUAAGUUAGAACGCAUGGAAUUUUAAUUGCCAUCAUCCAUAUUUAUUAAGCAGUAGAUCAUAUAUCAAGUUCAUCACUCUUUUCAACUUUUGACGUGACAUCAGCUUACUUAUCAUCUUCCGUUGGAUGAAGAUUCGAAACAGUACACAGUAUUUUCGACAGCAAAAAAUCAUUGGCAAUUCAAUGCAAUGCCUUUUGGUCUCUGUAAUGCACCGACAACUUUUCAAAGGCUCAUAAAUUUUACAUUGGAACAGGGCAUAAAAUAACAUGUUAAUUAGGCGACACAAGUGUCGCCCAGUGCUGGGAUUUUGUCGCCCAGUGACUAUGGGUAGUGCCGACAUAUUUUUUUUUAAUGAUUGACAUUCUAAAUAGUAUUCUCAAAGAGUUUAUCUUAUAACGACUUUCCGACGACCAGAAGGAAAUCUGCAGUAGGAUUAAUAGAUUAUUAAAUUCUAAAAAUCCUACUGAGCUUGUGAACGCAGUUCGUGCAGACGUUGAAGGCCUGUUUGGUAAAGACAAAGUAUCAGAUUUCACUGAUGACGUUGUAGGGUUGUUUGCAACUGAACAACUCCCUGCUUCUUCUAGUAUUACAUCAUCUACUGGAAAGUUGUGCCACUUUCUAAAGGUAUCUCAACCUCACUCAAUCUUAAGAAAGUUGGUGCAGUCGUAUAUUUCUCUGACACCGCACAGUGCAGGUCCUGAAAGGGCAGUGUCAGUACAUACGACUUUAAAAUCAAACAAACAAUCUGGCCUGUCACGAGAAGCUCUCAACUCUAGAAUGCGCAUCGCUCUUAAUGGAGUUGGUCUGCUCAAAUAACAUGAGAAAAAAAUAAAACCGAAAUCGACAUAUUUCGGUUUAUCUAGCAUAUCUUCGGAAGUAAUCGGAUUGCAUGAUAAUAACUGUUUAAUUGCUUAACUUUUCCCUAAUUUGGUCAUCGUCGUAUCUUUUAUGGUUUCGGAGAUCCCCAUGAUAACCAUAACAUCCUUAAUAUAAAGUGCAAAAAAGACGAAGGUAAUUAACAACCGUAUGAAAGACGCUGAAUGGGACCAACUAACUGAGGGGUGUAAUGCAAUCGGUGACUAAUCCAUCUUGAAGAACAAACCAUGAGAUCAACGGUCGAGAAUGAGUAAGAAUAUUUUCGCUUUUGAUUGACUGUGUAGGUAUGUGAGGUUAUGUUUGGUGGUUUAGCGUUAAACGGUCGUCCUCCGCUGUUUAAUUAAACCUCCAAUUUAAACAGAGUUUAACGUUAAACCGUAACGGUGUAAUUCAUUAAACUAUGAUUAUUUUAUAGUUUUAAACUCUAAAGUAAUUUACUCGGUUUAAUCCAUGGUUGAACAACCGACCAGUUUACCACUCUAUACUCAACUUUGAAAUCUGAAUUGUCCUUGUUUCGUACUGCUUUGUGUUUCCAUUCCUGCCCUUUUUGCAUCAAAAGUACACACGAAGCCUUUAAUUUGGAGUUAUAAUUUAAUAGUACCGUUUCAAGAGGAACUAUAAUUUACCUUAAAUCCUUUGUAAGAGAUUCAGAAGUUCUCAUAUAAAGGAAUGUUACACAAGGAAAUUGAUGAUGUAAAUUAUAACAGAUUCUCUCGACCUGUGCCGAAUGGAGAAAGAAUAAUUGUAGCUUUACGUGCCAAGUUUAAUGCGCCCUUUCUCUUUGUUUCCUGGAAAAAAGCACGGGAUAUCGCGCAAAGUAGAUGUCAAUAGGUAGUUAUUAUGUGUUUGUUCCUGAAUAUGAAAUAACGCAAGGGCCAGCUAGCCUCCGUGGGAUUGUCGUUUAGAAUACAUAUUUGAUAACACAUUCAAGGAUGAAAAGGAUUAAAGGGUUAUCGAAGCAGUCUCGUCAGCUAAUAACGAGAACAAAUUCUGAGUUGUCUUAUGAUACGGUAUUUACGCCAUCUGUUGCAUGCAUAUUUUAAAAUUUCCUCCAUCGAUGUUUGGUUAUAAACGUACAGAUGCUACGUAGAACAAAUUAGUCGUUAUCAUCCAUUCGCCGAUUUAUGAUCGAGUAUUAUUAUGGCAAAUAAUGGACAAACACGAUACUUUGAAGGACUGAGAAGAUAUGCAAGAUUAUCGGGGUUAAUAUUAACGAAGGAAGUAAACCAUCGUGUUAGUAUCACGUCGUACACCUUUUUGUUAGGGGUUUAUGCGUAUUGCGCUCUAUACUUCGCCCGAAAGUGGAGUUUAGACAAUGACAUCAAAGACCUCAUUUACGCCGCUGGAAUUGCAAAUUGUGCUCCACGUAGUACUAUAAUGAGAAUAUAUAGAUCAAAACUCGCCGAUCUCUUAGUUUCGUUGGAAAAAUCAGCACACAACGCGUACAGAGCUACCGACCUUUCCAGAGAAAUUGAAAAAAGGACAUCAAAAGUGGGUUACAUUAUCUUUCCUCUAGUCGCUAUCUGUUUAACAGUAACCAUACUCCCUUGGUAUUUGCAACACUCGCAUGAAACCCUACCAUUUGGUACUAUGCCUGGAUGGGCGUUAAAUUACAGCUUUACGGGCUGUUUAGUUUUGCAACUCACGGUAAUCGCAUUCUUAUGUUUCGAAUACGUGGUAAUGGACACCAUCAAGUUAAGCAUCAUGAUACAAUUGAAACUUCACUUUAAAUAUCUUAAGUUGAACGUUCAAGAGCUUAUUGCAAACGCAAAGGAAGAAUUUUGCAUGGAGAACCGAUUGGAAAGGUGGUUGAUCUGUCAACGUGAUAUACCUUUCGUAUACUUUCAAAAGCAAUUGAAAAAAGUUGUUGAACAUUAUAAUUUCAUCGUCGAAGUUGCAAGCGAAACUGAAUUGAUAUUUAACAAAUGUGUGCUGGCCAGUUUUAUUAACAUGUCGUUUUUUGCUUGUCUCGCAAUGUUGCGUAUAUCAAACAUGCAGCAAUUUGGCACCGAACAUUUACAACUUUUGUACUAUAUCAUUGGACCUUUGGCACUGUUUUUCGUAGACUGCUAUUUUACACAGGAGGUGAUUACGGAGAAUGAAGCUUUCGCUUAUUCAUUUUACGAAAUUGAUUUUAUCGAAACCAACUUGGCAUUCCAAACAUGUUUAGUUUUAUGUAUAGCAAGAGCUCAGAGGUCAGUUUCAUUCACGAUUGGAAAAUUUGCACCGCUUACGAUGGUUGCAGCAGUUACAAUCCUAAAAGCGUCGUUUUCUUACUACACCCUGUUGGAAAGCCGCCAAGAGAAUUAGACAUUCAUAUGUCUUGGGGAUGAUUCAAUAGUCCGUUUUUAAAUAGCACAGACAAUUGAAAUUUAAAAUCACGUCAGAUUUUAGUAAGUAUGUUGAGAAUUGACCCUACCCCAACGUGCAAUAAUAUUUCGGAAAUAAAAAUCUCAACCGUGUUUAAAAAAGUUGAAUUUACAAUUAAUCAAAUAUUGCUAAUACCAUUAAAAUCCGUCGCACUGUGAUUUCUUGAUGUAAUGUCGGUAAUAUUUGAAUACUUCAAAAUAUGCAAGUGU